AUGAGUGGAAAAAAACAAAUCAUACAAGCCCAACCAUCAUGCAACACCCUCUGGGUAAUUCGCUCUCAGGCUGUUGAAGCACGUUUUGCAAGAUCUCCUUUUCACACUUCCUUCUGCCUCGCCCACCCCUACGGAAGAUCGAUCCGUACCAGUUCACCUACUGCUGCCAUGAGCAUGGAUUUGUGCUCGUUGUGGCGACCAUACCGCGUCACCGCCGUCUCGAGGAUUGACGACGCCCGACCCGAUUACUCAGGUCCCUCGCUCUAUAUGGCAAGCAUGCACAUUCAGAACGGCCUGUUGGAGGCGAAGUUUCCAGCACUAGCGACCGGCCCGGCCGCCUCCUCUGCCGGGGAUCCUAGGAUCGGCAACACUGCAGUCUCCGACGCGCCAGCCAUGCUAUGUCAACUGAACCAGGAAACCGACGAGGCUGAGGGCGAGAUGAUGAAAAUCACCUCUCCCCGAUCUUGCCAGGGUCGGGCUGGAGACGCUAGUCAAAAGCAUCGGCCCCUCGGCUUGAGACUGCAGGUCCUCUUGUUAAAGCACACCGCCUGUCUGGUGCCCGACAAACACCCCUUGGCCUAUGAGACACCGCGAUGGACUCGCUUUUUCAUACGCCAGCCCCCAAGACGUCGGAGGCUGGCCUGCCUCUUCUUCACUCUCGGCUUGCUGCUGUUGAUCGGUGUGGUUUUGAUGGUCGUCGUAUUGGUCAGGCCCCCAACCGCCAACAGAGGCAGUUCUCGGCCUUUCGGGCAGAUGAAUCAGGAGGGGCGUUACUUGAGCCUGACAAAUUGGACUCAGGCACUGGAACCUUUAGAGCACUCCUACAAUCUGGUAGCUGAAAGGUCACUAAAACCAUUAGAACGACCCAGCGAUUCCGUCUGCAACAGUCUUGUUUGUUUGCGUGCCGGACUGGCGCUGAGUGAGCGCCUCCAGUCCACGGAAUUGGCUCCAACACGGGUCUGUUCACUGGCUGAUCUGACCGCCUUUCUCGAUAUCCGUCAGGGCCAAGGCGGCCUGGCAUCAGCCGUGGACGAGGCGUUGUCAGCAGCCUGGAGCCUGAUAGAACGUCGUCUUGAGGCGGCGGCCGACAGGCCUGUGUCUGCGCCGAGUUGGCUGGGCAAACUAGGACGUCUUUUCGAUCAGUGUAGCCUGGCAAACUCGGGCAAAUGGCUAUACCAGGACAGAGAGCUGACUUCCGAGAUGCGGACCAUAACAGAUUGGCUGACGGGAUUUGGAGGGCCGACGAAAGAAGCCGAGAUCUCGCCACAGUUCUACGAUGCGCAGUCAGCAGAGUCAAAACAAGGCACCGGAAAAGCAGUCAUCAAGAUCGCCUCAACCUCUAUCAACAAACGUGCGAUCAGCAGGUCUACGUUCUCAGGCGGUCUGGGCAAAUCGACGGCCGACUUCCACUUGCUUCAGACCCUGCUACAAUUGGGGUCCCUGGCCAGACAUGAUUUUGGUAAGAUCGUCAAACUUACCAGUAUCAUUAAGGCCUAUUUCCUUAAAACCUCCUCGCCUCCAGCAUACUGUUAA